AGUUUGAUCCUUCAGAAAGCGUAUGCUUUUUAAAAAAAGUUAAUGUAUUGAGAUAAACGUAUUUAAAAAAUUAAUCACUGAAACUGUUUCACGAGAACAUCUUAGCUACAGGUUAUUUGAGCAAAUCACUCAUUAGAGCAAAGUUACGAUCUCAAAUUCAUCCACAGCCUGCCAUUUACUGAUGACUCUCUGGUGUUUGGGAAGGUGAGAGGAUGUCAGUGGGUGAAGUCCAGGUAAUCCAGGCAUGGCUGCGCUCUGAAUGGCACAUCCAGGUUCCUCCUGCCUGGCUGGAUGCGUGUGUAAACUGGAUAAAGGAGGAAGUGGACAGGGCAUCCAUACCCCAAUCGCAGCUUAAUCAGCGUGUCCUGGAGCAAUGGCUUCUGACUGACCUUCGAGAUCUAGCCCACCCAGUUCUCCCUGAAAGGAUUUCUGAAGCCCAGAAAACAGUACUGAGCAAUCGUUGCUGCGUUCAGAUGGACUCACUACUAGACGUUAGUCAGCCUGCGUACAAUCAGCUGCAGCGCAUUCGAGGCACCGACUGCUCCAAUGAUCAAGUCUCGGCAGUUACGCAAGAAACCCAGAGGCCUUGGGAGGCCAAACCAACACGCAUGCUGAUGUUGCAGCUCACAGAUGGAGUGCAGAAUCUGGAGGGCAUGGAGUACCGACCCAUCCCAGCCCUCAAUGCCAACCUUCCACCAGGCACUAAGCUACAGCUAGUCGGCCCAAUUGCAGUCCGUCUUGGGGUGUUGCUUUUAAAGGCAGAAAACAUUAAGGUUUUGGGUGGAGAGGUGGAACAGCUCUUGGAGAUUCACUCUCAGAGCAGAGUGCUUUGUGGGACGCUGGGUUUACCUGAGGAGACACAUCCACAACAGGAACCGGAUGGCCUUGUAGCCAGUGUAGCUGAUAGUGGCUACAGCAGUCUGGCAUCAGAAGCUUCUCUAAGACAUCCUCAAUCUCAACCCCUCCCUCAAGUUUCCAGACAAGACGAUUGGGAUAUGGACGAGAUCCCAGAUGAUGACUUCAGAAGCAUUCCUGAUCAUUUCGAUGAUCUCCCUCAAAACAACAACCCGUUAGAAGACGUUCCUGAGGAUUUUGAUGACAUCCCAUUGGAUGAGUUGGACAACGUGAUGUGCCCGAUAGAUGUAGAAGUCUCAGCAGGUACACUGGAAGACCCUGAAAGGAACAAACAUGACUCGAGUUUACUUAACGGCUCCAAACCUGAAGAAGUGAGCUUUCCCUCAAGGAGUCGUCUUGGAAACUCCUACCAAAGCAGAACCUUAAAUGAAGUUCCUAACACAUCGCUUGCAAGCUGCUCCACAAGCACACUAGAUUCUUCGGCUUGCAAAGAAACUCCCAUGUAUCUUUGCAGCCUACAGGCUGGCUGUUGGCCACCCAAAAGUCCUCAGGUUUUCAGACUUCAAGCUUUCAUUGUCACGCUGGUGGGAAAUCUGCGCAUAAGUGGUGGAGUUUGGAAACUGGGAGCCACCAUAUCUGAUGGAAGCGGGUACUUGGAUGUGGAUCUGUCUGAUAACAUGCUGUCUGGACUCAUUGGUUUCUCUGCUGCCGAGACCAGAGUGUUGCGGAAAGACCUGGCGAGACGUUGGGAAGUGGACAGCGGGAUACAGCACUGUCAAAGAGAGCUGGUGGAUAUGUGCUGUAUGAUGAGCGUACAAGUGGAUCAGACUGGCAGAGGAGUCGUGUUGAGUGCCAGUCCAAUCUCUGACAGAGAAUGCUCCGAGAUGCAGAAAAGAGUGAAAGAGGCGAGGAGAUGAGACGUGAAUACUUUUAACUUAAUCCGACAGUGUUUGUGCUGAUUCACUUAGUGUUUACAUUGAGGUUUUAAGGGAAUAAAUGAUUCUACGAGUCUGAUGAGAACAGCUUUAAAAUGUACAUCAUUGUAUCUGAUCAGUUUCAGAACUAAAAGUAUUGUCUUUUUUUUUUUUUUGUAAAAAGAUGUUUUGUUAAAUUCUGUGUUGUGUUUAAAUUUCAUUGUCCUCUGUGGUUAACAAAUAAAUAAUGUAUACAUCUGUUUGUA